CCACAACCGAAAAAUUCAGACACCCGAAGAUUUUGCAUUUUCCUCGACUUUUUCAGCGUUGUGCUCUGUUCUCUUCGGUAAUCUUCGGCAAUCAACAGCGACAAGUCCUCCCGCGAUAAGGAGAGGGAUCGCGCACGACGUUCUGAUAAUCGGACGGGUGUAGCCCGACGCCCUGGGCUCCUGGGAAACGAUUAAGUGCCCAGACACACGGGUUUCGUACUGGUGUGAACGUUAGUUCUGCGGGUGACGCCGGCCGCCUUGGAGAGCCUCGGAGUCUCGAAAUCUCCUAAGGCCCCACAGGCAUAGUACGCGCGACCAAGGUUGAAAGUUCGUUCGCUAUAGUUUCUAGUGCAGUACAAAAACGGUUCGUGAUUUAUCGGUACUUUCUUAGUUUGUGUUGUGUUCAAGUUGAAAGUUUAAAUCAACACUAAAAAGUUCCGCGCAAGAAAAUCCGACAAAAAAAAACAGUAUGUAUCGUAUAUGUGACAAACAAAGUUCUCAAAGUUUAUAAGUAAUAAAGUAUAAAAGUUUUUGAUAAAAAAAAAAGUUGUCAAAAGUUGUGACAUAAAAAGUAUGUUCGACAUGAUAUGGAUCGCGCGCGUUGUGCCAUCAAGAGCGAAUACUUCACAGGCUCUGAUUGACACAGGCUGAAAUAGUUUCAACAACUAUGUCCGACUCUGGUACAGAGAGCACUUCCUCGGAAGGAUACGACGGAGAUAGGAAUCGACUUACUAUCACGGAUGAGGUGACAUCGUCACACUAUUCACAUCAUUCCUCGGGAUCCGAACGACGAAAAUCUGCGGCGAGUUCUAUGACGUCCGGGGGAAAAUCACCUCCUGGAUCGCCAUUAUCGGGCGCGGAAUCUAAAUCGCCGAGAUCCACUCCGUUAUCACCGAAAUCGCAACAAUCCGGAAUAAUGUCCCCUAGUGAAGAAGGUUCUCCAAGAUCGUUGCGUAGUUUCCCGAAAUCUACACCGCCAAUAUCACCGUCAGCUCUAUCACCUCCGUCAGCAUAUCUCAAUCUCGCAUAUCGACCAUCCGAGUCACCAAAAUCUCACCAUUCGGGAAACAACUCUCUCGAGUCACCUAGAUCGGACCGUAGCUCAUCCCGAUCUCCCAUACAGGACAAUGGAUCAUGUCUUUCUCCUCCGAACGAUUCCAAAUCUAUGCACUUUGAAGACGCCGAAUCGAAAGCGUCUGAUUUUGAAGUGGAUACCCAAAGGUCAGCCGAUAAUUCGUUAAAAUCAUAUUCAUACAAAAAUAGCGAAUCCAGACAAAGUUCACCAAAAUCGCCCAGAUCGGGUCCCAGUUCUGUAAAGUCCUUGAUAUCAGCGAGAAGUUCACCAAAGUCGUUUAAAUCCGGUCCAGCGUCUCCCAUGGAUGAACAAGAAUCGGAUAAACAUUCGCCAACGCACUCAGGUCCUCGUUCUCCCGAAGAAGAAGAUGAAGAAAAAAACGGUUCCUUUAACGAAUUGGACGGUGAACAAAUCUCGGAUGGGGACAUCGAGGAUGAACCAGAGACCAUGUCUAAAUCUAAGCCUACACCUAUUACUCAUGGCGAGGAUUUAUCGGAUGUAUCGGAUCUUGAAAGCAUAGAUGGUCCUGAAGAAUCUACUGAACAAAACACAGAAAUAGAUAAGACUCAAGAACAGGAUGUGAAAAAAGAAAUUGUUAAGGAUGAAGAAAAUACAGAAAAAGAAGAUAAAACUGCACCAGUUGGCUUGACAGAGGAAAGUGAACAAUUAGAUUUUGAAGCCGAUGGUCAAUGGAAAGACGAACGUGAUGAAGGUGAAACUGAAGCAUCAGGUACAAAAGAGAUUAAAGAGAAUACAGAAAAAGAUAGAGAUAAAGAUAAAGACAAGGACAAAGUGAAAUCAAAGGAAUGUAAUGAAAUGAAUGAUAAAGAAGAGGGAGAGGAAGGAGAAAAAGAAGAAUCUGAAUUAGAGGAAGGAGAACUUAGCGAUGGAGAAGAUGCACGACCGGAAGAAACUGAACCGAGACCUGUGUGUCGUUUCUAUAACCGGGGACAGUGUACGUGGGGAGUAAGCUGUAGAUUUUUGCAUCCAGGAGUGACAGAUAAAGGUAAUUACACUAUGUUUGAUAUGGUGAGGCCUAUGGCAUAUCCGCCACAUGCUGCCACGCCACACGAAUAUAGGCCGCACAUCGACAGACCGAAUAUUCGAUCAUUACCUGGUUAUGGUGCUCCUGCACAUACACCUAAAGUGGAAGAAACGCCAACUGAAUCUGCCUGGGAACGUGGUCUACGCCAUGCUAAGGAAAUGAUGCGUAAAGCGAAUAAACGCAAGGAAUCGGACAUGGACUUUGAAGAGAAGAAAAUGAACUUGAGUUUAGGACAGGAUGAAUUGGAUAGAGAAGCAGGAUAUUAUGUGAGAGCAGCUACUCCCGAGCCGCCAGUUGAAAGAUGGCCACAACGUGAAGUACCACAACGUAGAGUACCAUCUUCUAGACCUACGCCAGAUAGAUAUGUCGACGAGCCUGAGGGAUAUUAUCCUCCAACUGUAUCAUCCGAUUAUUAUAGGAGAGUACACUAUAAAGAUUCUCGCGAGUAUCGAGAUCGUCUCGAUUAUCACGCAAUUCCGCGUGGUGCGACGUCAGCUUCUCCACCGCACAGCCGUGACCGAGAAAGGGAACGAGAUCGUGAGCGCGACAGAGAACGAGAUUAUUACGAGAAGUAUGAGAAGAAACAUAAACGGCCAUCACGAGAGGUUAUUGUAGAACGUAUCCCGCCGACGAAACCUUGGCGGGAAGAAGAACCCCCCUCGGUCGAAAGAGGCAGGGGCGAUGAAUGGGCGGAUCCAUGGAUGCGACGCAAAUCUCCGAGUACUGUGCGUCGCAAUACGUCAUCGCGCCGAUCUCGCCGUCAAUCAUACUCUUCGGGUUCAUCUUAUUCUUCAACGAGUUCUAGCCGUAGCUCGAGCCGUUCUAGCUACACUUCUUACGACUCCCUAUCCAGGUCCCGUUCACCAUCACCUCCAGCUAGAACCCGUUCCACCGGCAAAAGCAAAAGUGCUGUUAUUACUUCACCAUCCUCCAAUCCUCCUGCUGUGACUGCAACUGCUCCUCAACGAGGUGCCAUGCUAAUGAAUCCCCCUGCUCCAUCUCCUCGCCCACCCAAAGGGUCUAUCUCUCCUACAACGGGUACUUUGCAUCGACGAGCCGGAUUGAAUCCACCAGCUCCAAGCCCAGUUACUUCUCACCAGCGCCAUCAUGAGAAAGCCAGAGAGCAAAAAGCCGCUAUGGCUGCGGCUGCAGUAGCCAAAAUCAUUAAAAGUCGCUCGAGAUCUAGACAAAGAAAAAGAAGGGAGAGAAAAGCACAUUCUAAAUCGUUUCGCAGUAGUUCUGGAUCGGAGAGCAGUGGAAGCAGCAGCGAUUCGAGUGAAUCGAGUUAUUCGUCAUCCUCCAGCGAGGCACGUAGAAGGAAAGGUUCAACACCACCGAUAACACGUAAAGAUUCCAAAGGCAUCGACGCUUUGAAGUUAAGCGGUGCGAAGCAACAGAUUAAACUCACGCUGAAACCUGCGAGUAAUACCACAGCAGUAAAAAAGAUUGAUCGUAGUGGGCUUAUGGCAGGUAAAAAACGAGCUCUCGAAUCGCCGCCGUUGAUCGACAGUAAAGCGCAAGCAGCCGCGGCGGCGGCCAAGGCUGCCAAAAAGGUUAGCUCGCGUCGUGAGGAGUUGUUGAAGCAAUUAAAAGCCGUAGAAGACGCAAUUGCGCGUAAAAGAUCAAAGGUUUAAAGAUCGAUCGAUGAAUCUUCAGUUAAAUACUUUUAGAGUAACCGGAGACGAUGGAUCAAGGCUUCCCGGGACAGCACACCACCACGACCACCGUGACGACCAGCACUACGACUACCCAGCCUAAUAUACGAUUUGAUCCGUCAUACGCGAGGACAUUGCCUGGCAUUCUAAAAAUCGUACAAGUGGU